CAUUAGGAGGGAGGCGGGGAAAACGCCCAAAGAGGCAAAGCAUUUUGACUUUCCAGAGAGGAAUAACAAAGACUAAAUAAGCCAUCAAAGCAUUUGGCUAGAAGUUCUGAGUAGCGGCCCCUCAGGAUGUUGUCGGGGAGGGGGCUAAUUCAAUUAGUCCCCUUCGAUUCAGUAACAAGCAGAACAGGCCAUCGCUUGGGACCAGCCCUCACAACCAGUCAGCUUCUCCAUCUAACAGAUAUACGACGCUCCAGCCCCUGGUUGUUUUGUUUUGAGUUUUGGGGGGUUUUUGCAAAAGAGGAUAGAAUACGAGCCCAAGUGAAGAAAUGUCUUGCACAUCGCAGGGAAAAGCCAAUGAUUCCGUGCCUGGGCUUUUAAUCUCUGUUUUUAUGUCUCCAACAAUCUCGUGGUUAAUUAGCAAUUUGCUGCCCACCAGUAUGCAAAUGAGUGACAAGAGCGGGCCUUCUGCAUCUGUAAUUAUUCUGUUGAUUUACAAACCACUUUUCCCUUCAGUGCUGCUUUCUCUGUGUGUGUGUGUAUUCAUGCAUCCUGGGUUUCAUUAUUUUUAGGAGCGUGCCCCGUGCAUUUUUGUGGUUUCAUAGUUCCACCCUCCAGUCACUACACAGUCUUGGGGCACCCGCCAGUGUAUUUCCAAAAGAUGCGUUUGCUAGGAAUCGCAUGGCUCCCAAGGAGUGGGUUCGGGGAUGAUCUGGGCACGGGAGUUGCUUGAUUUCCCCCUAAUUGCAGCGCGCGGGGGAAGACAGAGGCACCCCCAUCUCCAUUACCGCCCGAUUCCUUUCGAGGACCGAGCAGCUCCGGUAAUAUUAGGUUUUCUCCCAAGCCAGCGCUUAGGAGUCAAAUCGGGCUCCCCUAAUCCAUCUGCUGCCUACUUCCUAUAGCAGCACGUUUGGCGGCUCUGUGGUUAAAAUGUUUUACAUUUUUUUUUUUUGGCCCGAGCAUUAAGAGGGCCUCUCAUGUUAAAUUAAGUCAAUUAAUAAAUGGAGACAUUAAGCAAUCAAUUUUGGCAGCCCGAGUUCUCCGUUUCUGCGUACGGUCGGCUGUAGUCACAAGAUAAAUGCAAUGUGCUGAUGUAUGGUAAUGUUCAAUAAUACAUUCUCCACCAGGCUCAAUUCAUCAGGGAGUUUCUGUAGGGGAGACAUUCGUUAUUGGCUGUCUCUGCACCUCAAGGAUAACAUUUCUGUCCUUUCGAUUGGUCGACUCACUGCUGCAAGAUUCUAACCGUCUUAUUUUGAUGAGGAAUAUGAAGGCACGCUAAGCCGGGCCGGAGUGGAGUACUCGGCGGGGCCCAGGACUAGCCGGCUCCUCUGUUGCUCCCCUUCGUCAACAAACUCCCACCCCUCUCCCCCCAAAAAAAGAAAGUUGUGAUGCUUUUCUUCACCCAGUGCUUUGGGGCUGUAUUAGAUCUCAUCCACCUCCGGUUUCAGCACUACGAGGCGAAGAGGGUCUUCUCGGCUGCCGGGCAACUCGUCUGUGUUGUCAACCCAACCCGCAACCGUAAGCCUGUACCCGCCAGACGCCCCGUCGCCCAAGACUCCCCGGAUCAAGAUGGCUUCCAUCCUCAUCACCACCACCACCACCGUCGCCACCACCCCAGCCUCCGCCGCCAAGAGCCCACGCGGCCAGGUGGCCCCCCGCUGACUCCGUGCCCCCUCUUCUCCUGCCAGUGGGAGGGCCACUUGGAGGUGGUGGUCCCCCACCUGCGGCAGAACCACAGGGUCAACAUCCUCCAGGGCGCGGAGAUCGUGUUUCUGGCCACGGACACGCACCUCCCGGCUCCGGCCGACUGGAUCAUCAUGCACUCUUGCCUGGGCCACCAUUUUUUGCUGGUGCUCAGGAAGCAGGAGAGACACGAGGGCCACCCCCAGUUCUUCGUCACCAUGGUGCUGAUCGGGACCCCCACGCAAGCCGACCGCUUCACCUACCGGCUGGAGCUCAGCAGGAACAAGAGGCGCCUCAAGUGGGAGGCCACGCCGCGGUCCGUCCUGGAAUGCGUGGACUCGGUCAUCAAGGACGGCGACUGUCUGGUCCUCAACACUUCCCUGGUCCAGCUCUUCUCCGACAACGGCAGCCUGGCCAUCGGGAUCGCGGUGACCGCCAGCCGGGUCCACGCCGCCGAAGCCGAGAUGUAGCGACGCGAGCCCUCGGCUGGGCCGUUGAGCGACGGGGCUCGGACUUCUUUCGAUGGGUCUCAGGUCUUUUGGGGUAUUUAGUACUCGCCCUGCGUGGGCACUGUAUUAUGUAAAACAGCCUGUGAUUUAAAGUCUCGGUGUCACGUGUUCCCUGUUUUGUCGAUACAAUUUUAUGAAGCGUUUUAAAGAUAUGUAUACGGUUAGAUUGUUCUUUGCAUCCAAAACGGUAGAGCAGAAAGCCACAAAGCCUAUGGGACUAAAGUUUCUCUGGCCGGAACGAGGGGCAGAGCGACUUUCAAAGCCCGGUGAGCUCAUUCCUUCCUUACUCUUCUUGUCUACUUUGUGAUGGGCUGAACCUCAGGCUCCUGGCUUCAACAGGUAGGGAAGAAAUCCCAGGAAAGAACAACAAUGUCCUAAAGUAAAGAGCCGAGGCUUGGGAGUCAGAAGACCUGGGUUCUGAUCCUGUCUCUGCUGCUUGUCUCCUCUGUGCCUCCUUCUGCCACCUACACUAGCCCAGAGAGGGUUCGAUACUUGAACCGUUUAUUGAAAUCCCUUGAUGCCCGGAUCUGGGGUGGCAGGGUGCAAAGGAACAUUGAGAGGACCAGCUCUGCAAGGAAGUUGAAGGUGAGAAGGUGGCAAGGACCAGAACGGUGGGUUGUAGGCUUUCCCGGAGUGAUAUUCUGCAGAAUUUGUUCCAUCACCCAGCUCAACAAGACUUCACCCUGAUAAGCUGAUUGAACUAUCUUGAAACUGUCUGAAGCACCGAACUCACAGGAAUCCAGAUCCUGAGAAGACCCGUCAUAUGCAAAUUAAAAGAUAAUGUGGAAGCUGUAAACGUAUCAGAAAAAAAAUAAAAAGGUUUGGACUCAAUGACAUCAAUGUGGAAUCAAGAUCUGACUUUUCAAAAAAAAAGCCCCGAAAACCAUAAUCCUACCACUUUGGUGCAAUGCCCAGGGCCACAGACUCUACCUAAAUGGUGUGGAAAUGUCCUUGGAGUGAAGAUAAACAGUCUAGAGUUUGAAAUAAACUUAUGUUUUUAUAAAAGGGCAAAUGCCCCUUUGA